GCUUUUUUUUAUUUUGGGGCAAAUUAACGUCUGAGUCUGUCAUAAGAGUCGCGAUGUUAUUAAGAACCAAUGAAAAACACAUGUGAAAUGAUUUCAGAAACUUCAAAGAUAACUAAACAAACUUUUCUUACUACUCAGAAUUGGGUAUAUGCAGUGUAGCUUUUCAUUUAAAGUAAAACAAAGCAAAUUGAAAUGUAUUAUCGUCGUCGAGGUGUUUUGUCCCAAAGGAGGACCCGUAGCCUUUCCUUCAACCACCAGAGGAGGCUUUUCCUAAUUGGGCAGCGUGUCUGCCCGACCGCAGGAAGGCCGCCUCAUUGGUCCGCGCAGUCGGGACUCCGGCGGCUUUUCUCUUAGUGCUCAAGGCGCCGACCCACUUCUCUUCGUUCACCCGAGCGCUCCCUUCCUUCGAAGUCCCUGAAGCUGCCAGCCCGAAGGCGUCCAGACUGACCUAGGCCGGGUAACUGCACUGAGGAGCCAUGACAACCCUGGAUGAUAAGCUGCUGGGGGAGAAGCUCCAGUACUAUUACAGCAGCAGUGAGGAUGAGGACAGCGACCACGAGGACAAGGACAGAGGCAGUGGCGCCCUGGCCGGCAGUUCGAUGCCUGCAGAUGCAGAGUUGGCAGGGGAAGGCAUCUCAGUCAACACAGGUCCAAAAGGGGUGAUAAAUGACUGGCGCCGCUUCAAACAGUUGGAGACUGAGCAAAGGGAGGAGCAGUGCCGGGAAAUGGAACGGCUGAUCAAGAAGCUGUCAAUGACCUGCAGGUCCCAUCUGGAUGAAGAGGAGGAGCAACGCCAACAGAAGGAGCUCCAGGAGAAGAUCAGUGGGAAGAUGACUCUGAAGGAGUUUGCCAUGAUGAAUGAGGACCGAGAUGACGAGGAGUUUCUACAGCAGUACCGGAAGCAGAGGAUGGAAGAGAUGCGGCAGCAGCUUCACAAGGGGCCCCAGUUCAAGCAGGUGUUUGAGAUCCCCAGUGGAGAAGGGUUUUUAGAGAUGAUCGAUAAAGAACAGAAAAGCACCCUCAUCAUGGUCCAUAUUUAUGAGGACGGCAUUCCGGGGACCGAAGCCAUGAACGGCUGCAUGAUUUGCCUUGCUGCUGAGUACCCAGCUGUCAAAUUCUGCCGGGUGAAGAGCUCAGUUAUUGGGGCCAGCAGUCGCUUCACCAGGAAUGCCCUUCCGGCCCUGCUGAUCUACAAGGGGGGUGAGUUGAUUGGCAAUUUUGUUCGUGUCACUGACCAGCUGGGGGAAGAUUUCUUUGCUGUGGAUCUCGAAGCUUUUCUACAGGAAUUUGGAUUGCUCCCAGAAAAAGAAGUCUUGGUGCUCACGUCUGUGUGUAACUCUGCCACCUGUCACAGCGAGGACAGUGAUUUGGAAAUAGAUUGAACUGAUAGUCUAGCUGCAUAGAUUUCUCCUUGUUUGGGCUGGAAGACACAUGUCUGUGGAUUUGUUUUUGUUCCUUCCUGUGUUGUGUGGCUUUCCAGCUGUUCUUUGUAGUCCCUUUUAUUAUAUGUAAAGUCAAGAAAUUCUUAGAUUAAACUGGAAUGCUAAAUCACCUUGUGGCUAGCAGUACAAAGUGACUUCAAACUGUAUAAACAGGAAACCAGGCUUUUGAACUGUUUACUUAAGAUUCUCUAGCAUGACAUCUCUGUUAUUGUUUCUAGUCAAUAUUUACAUAACAUCCUAAAGACAGUGUCCUGGAAAUUGUCUUCAGAUGAUCUCAGAGGUCUCUGCCAGGCCUGGGAAUAUAAUUCUAUAGUUAGUGUGUUAUUUGCAACAUAAAUAGUGUGUCCCCUUCAUCAGUGAUUAUAAAUUGUAUUUACUUGUAAUCAGAUGUUCUCUACCGGGGUCUUGUUUAAAGGUUCCAGACAAUGAUGUUUGCCCCAUCAAGAGGGGUGACCUUUGCUGUGGGAGCCAGUGUCCUGCUGAAACGUUACUAAGUCUUAAAUAGGAGGAAGGAUUGAGGCUGACUGUGCUCCUGAUGCUGGAAGGCCAGCUUGAUUUAAAAACAUCAGAGCUGGGUUGGAGCUGGGAAGCCUUUUGAAAUUGGAGGAUCUUUGGAUAAGAUCCUCUUGCUAAUUUCUUUGUCUCUGUCUCUCUCUCUCUUAUUUAACAAUGUGACUUUUUUGUUUAAUGUAGCUUUUAAAAAAAAUUUUUUUUUUUUGCAUAUUUGAAAAGUAAUAUUCAACAGAGGAAAAUUUGCCGCAAUACAAAGUGAAAAUAAGAAAGUUAGAAUAAUGUCCCAUCCAACCAUCUAGGGUAAAACACUAUUAAUAUUUUGGCAUAUUUCCUUCCAACGUAUUUUCUUUGUAUACAUAGACAUUUUGCUUGUUUGUUUUUAAACAAAACAAUGGGAUCAUUCUGAACAUACUGUUUUAUAGUAUGGUCAGCUAAUAUGUAUCAAAAAUUUUUUCAUGUUAUUACUAGUCUACCACAUUUUAAAAAUGGCUCUUAAUAUUCCAUUGUGUAGAUGUGCUGUGAUUUGCUUCAUGGUUGUCUCUUGAAAAACAGCAAAGACUUUUUACUACAGAAGUAGUAGGUGUCCAUUGUAGAAAAUGUGAUAAAAAUUGUUAAGCUAAAAAGAGCCUUUACGAGUCCUAUAAUUCCGCCAACCAAAAAUGAUUCCCAUUAUCAUUUUCACAGGAAUCUUUCUAGGCUUUUUUUUUUUUUCUAUUUGUAUUUGUAUUUGUAUUUGUAUUUGUAUUUAUAAUAAUGAUUGUCAUUUGAAUGUUUUCCUCCUCUUUUUUUUUUUUUUUUUGCUUAAAAUGGUGUACAUUCUAAGGUCAGGGAAAAUGUAAUCUGGAAUGAAAAGAUUAGCUUUAGAAUUCAGUUUUGCUUUUCCUGGUUAUUCAGGAAUUGACUAACUAGAAGGGUCUCACAAAUAUCUGUUGUAGUUAAUCAGUAAGAAGAAAGUGCAUGGUUUUUCUGAUUUAAAAAACUCAUUGUAGACAGUGUAGAAGAAGCAGAGAUAACUGUUGUCAAUGUUCUUGUUUAUUUCCUUCAGUCCUUUUUCACUAUUUUUAGUAACAUUGAGAGCUUAUUGGAUUUAGUUCUGUGUUCUAUUUUAUUAAUAUGAUGCCGUAAAUAAUUUGACAUGUUAAUAAAAAUUCUAAAUAAAUACUUUUUAAUGCCUUCAUAAUAUUC